AGGUUAGGGCAGGAGUAUGGUAGAGAUGCUGCCAACUGUCGUUGUGCUGGUCUUGGCAGUGUCCGUGGUUGCCAGAGAUAACUCCACGUGUGAUGGCCCCUGUGGGUUACGAUUCAGGCAGAACCCACAAGCAGGUUUCCGGAUUGUCGGAGGGCAGACUGCGCAGCGCGGGGCCUGGCCCUGGAUGGUCAGCCUACAGAUCUUCAUGUCCCAUAACAGGCGCAGGUACCACGCCUGUGGAGGAAGCCUGCUGAACGCCCACUGGGUGCUUACAGCUGCUCACUGCUUCGAUAACAAAAAAAAAGUCUAUGACUGGAGACUGGUUUUUGGAGCACAGGAAAUUGAAUAUGGAAGAAACAAGCCAGUGAGAGAGCCUCUGCAGGAGAGAUAUGUGCAGAAAAUCAUCAUUCAUGAAAAAUACAACAUUGUGACAGAGGGCAAUGACAUUGCUCUCUUGAAGAUCACUCCUCCGGUUUCAUGUGGGAGCUACAUUGGGCCCUGCUGCCUCCCUCAAUUUAAGGCUGGUCCUCCCAAAGUUCCCCAGACCUGCUACGUGACUGGGUGGGGAUACAUGAAAGAGAAGGCCCCCAGGCCAUCAACUGUCCUGAUGGAGGCACGUGUGGAUCUCAUUGACCUCGACCUGUGUAACUCAACCCAGUGGUACAGUGGGCGUGUCACAUCAACUAAUGUGUGUGCAGGGUAUCCUGAAGGCAAGAUUGACACCUGCCAGGGGGACAGUGGUGGGCCUCUCAUGUGCAGAGACAACGUCAACAGCCCCUUUGUGGUCGUGGGGAUCACGAGCUGGGGGGUAGGCUGUGCCCGUGCUAAGCGUCCUGGAAUCUACACAGCCACCUGGGACUACCUGGACUGGAUUGCUUCCAAGAUCGGCUCUAAUGCCUUGCACAUGAUUCAACCAGCCACUCCUCCCCAGCCUACUUCCCAAACACCGACUUCUUUUCGCCCUCCUUGGCAAUACCAACAAAACAUGCCUCCUCAACCAUCUCGGCCAUCCCGGCCAUCCCGGCCACGACCGUCUCGGCCUCUGUACCAUCGACCGUCUUCGGCCCAAGUCUCACCAUCAAAAGCACCCCUAGCUCCACUCACAACCGUAGGCCAGCCUGCAUCCUUUACUUUUACUACGAAUCACACGAAACACCACAGGAAACUUUCUUUUGCUCAGCGUGUACAGCGUCUCAUAGAUGCCCUGAAGGUGAGGACUUAUCCUCUACACGAUUCCUCACGUUUCAGUGGACCAAUGAACAACCCCCGCUACUACUCCAAUUAUGGGUCUUUUCUAACAGGGAGCCCCCCCUACAUUCCUGAGAAAAGAGAAAUGAAAUAAAGCAUAUAUUUGUAUAUAAAUAUAUAUACAUGAGGACAUGCUUUCCGGACUUCUGUUUUCUCCAAUUCAACCCAAAUCCUCCUCCGUCAAAUCUGUCC